GCUGGGUGUUCUUAAAGCAUUAUGCUGCUCGUCCAAUCAUAAUUGUGGUUACAUUGAUGUCCUGACACAGAUAGAUGUUAGCGACUUAUCGUUCCAUGACAAUCUGGCCGUGUUCACUUCCAUAUUGAUUGCUAGACAUUGUUUCUCUCUACAAGAUUUUAUAGGAUAUGUGGCUUUACCAUCUCUAGUCAAUCCUGCAUUUGCUGGAGGGGACCAGGAUGCUGAGCCGGGCGCCAGACUAACGUGUCACUUAUUACUACGUCUCUUUAAAGUGUCUCACGCCAGCAACAAUCCUUACCCAGGUGGUAAUAAGAGAGGGACAUAUGUUAAAGCAUCGUCGGACCGACAUUUGCUAGCGGCUGUUCAUAAUAACAUAGAUGUGGGGGCCGUCCUGGCAGUCUUAAAAGCCAUGUUAGCUUUAGCUGACUCGUGUAGGGAUGAGGUGAAAACAAAGACGUCGAGUAAGAAGGACAGUAAAGGAGGAGAUGAUAUCAUAAGUACGAUAUUGAGUAGUUUAGAUGUUGAUAUCAGCAUGGAUAUGAUGCUUGGUACAUCGGGGAGCAUGGAGAAUGCCGGACUAAGUGAAUUCUCGAAACAUUCUUUACGAGAGAUGUGUAGUCAGGACUGGGUGCGAGAGAAAUUCUUACGAGAUCCCGAGGGUCUGUUUAACUCAGAGAUGUUGCUAGAUACAAUGCUUAGUUCGGAACAGACUCAGCAGUUGGUAAGAAUGAUAUGUUACCCGUCUAGUGCCGCCAGCAAGAUGGACGAUGACGAAAUAGACAACAAGGAGACUAUUAGUAGAAUAUUAGAAACUCUCGACCCUUGGACACUCAGAGUAUCUCUUCUCGAACUGAAUCUCAUGUUUAAACAAGCCAAAAACAAUGCAGAGACGAACAAUAUACUGGACAAUAUAUCACAAGGAACAAUUUAUUUGUUUCAUCAACAAACAGAACAUCACAGUCGCACAACCAAUAACUCCCAGGCGGCUGCCUUGUUAGAGACCAUGCCUGUACAGUCACCAAAGAAUGAUUCGACGGAGAAAGAUAACAGCGUAUGGCUGGUGGCGCCACUCAUCUCUAAAUUACCCAGUGGCGUUCAGGGGAGAGUACUCCGACAAGCUGGUCAGGUGCUAGAGAACAGCAACACGUUCCUCGCACCGAAAAGUAAACUUGACAAGGAGAGAAAAAAUAAAUCUUUGUUGAGUCAUCAGCCAUUCCUGUCUUUGAUAUUAACAUGUUUAAAGGGCCAGGAUGAACAGCGGGAAGGUCUGCUCAAUUCUUUACUCAACCAACUCGAGAAAUUCAUCACCAGUUUCAGAGAGAUGCUGGAAAAGUACCCGGACGAAGCUAAAAUUAGAAACAAUAUUCACGAGACGUUACAACUACGGUUAUCUCUGGUAGGCGGGAUGUUCGAUACCAUACAGCGUAACACGGGUCUGACUACAGACUGGGCGUUACUUUUGUUACAGUUAAUAAGUAGUGGAGUGGUAGACCUUCAUUCUAACUAUGAAUUAUUUGCGACUGUGUUAGACAUGUUGAAUUGUUUAAUGCUGGGAACAUUGGUACCUGACCCAAGUGAGAAAUCUGAUGACAACAGGAAAACUCAUAGUAACCUUGUGAAAAAGUUAAGGAAAGAUCUAGGAGAUAAGAUAUUUGAGGCUACAGACCAGGUUAGACAGUUACUUCCCUUGCCUAAACGUUAUUAUGAAGUUGUCACUGUGGAGCCUCAUGGAACUUUGGUGGAUACUAAAGGCAACAAGAUUACCGGCUUUGAUUCCAUUAAACGUAAACAGGGUUUACAGGUGGGUAAAAUAGAGAUGGUGAGUCCAUGGGAUGUGAUUGAGAGCACAAAGAAUCCACCUCCAUUGUCGUGGACAUUUUUUGGAGCGGUGAAAAUUGAGAAGAAACCUUUGAAAUAUGAGGAACAGCACAGAUUAUUGUUGUAUCAUUCCCACUGUCUACAGAAACCCGCCAACUAUUACCUUGACCCACCAGCUCUACCCCCUGAGGAGUUAGAACCUCCCCCAGAGAAAGUUCAACAGGAAGAGAAACAGAGCAGGGAACCAGUGAAGACGGCAACAUCUGUUGAUUCUAAUCGACCAAACCGAACAAGAAAGAGACGAGGGUCUCGAGUCACAAACUCUUCAUCAUCAUACACACCUCCCUCGAUGCCUCAACGGUACAAUCCUGGUUACUCAGAUCCAAUUUACCCCCAACAAGCCCCAGCCUCUAACUGGUAUGGAGGACCCCCACAAACCCAGCAACAGCCUGCUUAUAUGCCCCAACAAGCAAUGCAGCCAGCUCCGGGACCAAGAUUUGGAGCUUCAUUCCCUUCAUCAAAACAGGCAAUUCAAACGAUGCUGCGAUCACGACAGCCGGGCACCAGCGGUUAUAUGCCGCAGCAGUCGAUGCAUACAAAUAUGCAGCUUCUCCAAAAACAGCGACAGCAGCAGAUGGUUCGGCACCGUUUACAGCAACAGUACUCGCAAAAUAGAAUGGCAGACAACCCCGGUCACUAUGGUAACAGUGUUCCCGGUGCUGCUCCAAGCUCGGCAAUGAUGUCCAUGUCUCAAGGUCCUAUCAACCAAUCAACAUACCAGUCUAACUAUGGCACCAUGCCGUCUCAACCACCAAUGGAACCCAUGUCUACCGGUAUGAUGUCACAGAAUUUCAACCAAUCGUAUCAGAGUACCCAGAAUCCCUCGAUGAUGUCAUCAUUACCUCAGCAGACUAAUUAUAUCACACCACAAAGCCAGCCUACUCAAGUGCCAUACUCUGGCACAUCAAGAAUCCCCAUGCAGUCAGGUGGAAUGAACCCACCGUCCACAAUGAGCGGUAUGGGUACCUACAACCAGAUGGGCCAGUCCCCGACCGUCGGUCCCGCGGGUGGGGCAGGCGCCUACAUGCAGCGUAUGCCAACACCACAGCAGCAACAGCAGCAACAACAACGCAUGCAGCAAUACAGACAACAACAGAUGUUACAGAUGCAGCAGCAAAAACAACAGAUGCAGCAAUCCAAUCAGCAACAACAGACUGCAGCUAUACUAGCCCAACUACAAAGACAAGUACCCGCCCAGCAACAGCCACAAAUGACCCCUAGUUUUAACCAGUAUCCACCACAGAACUUUUGAGCCAAAAUUAAUUAUCAGUAUUGACUUUCUAGUUGUUUUCUAGUCCUAAAUUAGGUUGAAACAAUAAGAAGGACAAUGCUCAAGGUAUUGUAGGCUAGGUUGUAUGAAACAAUAAGGACAAUGCUAGAGGAAAGGCUGGUAUUGUAGGCAUACUAUGUAUGUUGAG